AUGGACGGCUCUGCUCCUCCACCCGGGCAGGCGGGCGCUGUCCCGCCGCAGCAUUCGAACCUGAUCCGGACAGACCAGGUACAAAAGCUGCCGCAUCUCAAUGACCAGCAAAAGGCGCAGCACACGCAACUUGUACGGAACCUGUGGGAAAUAUUGAACAGUCGAGACACCCAGAACCCUGAAUACCAGGCCGCCCAUAUCAAGCUCACGCAGCUGUCGCAGACGCUGAUGAAAGGCAUGCGCCUGUUCCAGCAGAAUCGCCAGCAGGCAGCCGCCGCUGCGCAGGGCCAGCCUCCAGUGCAGCGGACACAGUCUGCGAACCCGCAGUCGUUUGCCCAGUUGCUGCCGCAGAUCCAGCAGAAGGUCAAUAGCCUGCAGUUCUUUCUCCCACCCAACACCAGCAAGGAGCAGAUGCAGAACUGGCUUCCCGAGGCCAGGCUGCGGUAUGGUAUUGCGCUGCAGAAACAGGAGGUCGGUCGGGCACGCAUAACGGAGCUGCGGGCGCAGUACCAGCAGCGGCAGAGUGCGGGGGGGAUGAGCCCAGAAGAGCUGCAGGAGCUCAAGACUCGCCAGGCAGCAGCAGAGAAGCUGUUCCGCGAGGGCAGUGAAUUUCUCGCCAAGUUCAAAGAGCAGCAGGAGGCCUUCAAAGCACAGCAGCCCAACCCCCAACUCACCCGACCGGCGGGCGUACAGGGUGUUUCCGCCCCCGUCCACCCGGCACAGCCCAGUCAGGACCAGACCGCGACCCUCUCUUCCUCCAUGGCCGGAGCACCUCCCACCGGUCACCCAGGACAAGCACCCACGCCUGCUCCGCACACCAUCAACUCUGCCGUCAACGCUGCGCGAAACCAGGCGGGACAGCAAGCAGCAGCCGUCGCAGCAGGGUCGCCGUCGACCGCCCAGCAGGGUCCCGCUACCGGUGGUCACCCCUCGCAACAACCCCCGACACAGCAGGUAGCCACGCCUGGUGCAGCGGGGAUCACCUUCAGCCAAGCUGCGAACCUCGACGGAGCGACACCUACGCCCACCAGCGCUUCUCAGGCAGCAGCGAACGGCCCUCCCCGACCACUGUCGCACCAGGCCGCGAUGGCGCAAGCCGCCCAGAAUUACAGCAACCUCAACCAGCAGCAGCAACAGCAGCAACAGCAACAGCAACAGCAGCAGCAGCAGCAUCCUUCUCAACCGCAGCAAGCGUCUCAGCAGAAUCAUCAGCAGAACAUGGCCCAGGCGGCUGCCAACCCGCACGCCCACCCGCAGGGCUACAACCCGAACCGCACGGCCGAAAACAAUACCCGCAACAUCACCAUGGCGAUCCCCAAGAACCUCAACGUGCCGACCCCGGAACCCGUCGCCAUGGCGCCCGCGCGUCCCUCGCUCUCCGGCGGUCCCAGCCACGGCGCGAUGGGCAUGAUGGGCCAGCCCGCCAUCCAGAAACACCCCGGUUACGUGCUCGAAGGCGAGGGUCAGCGUGUUCUCAGCAAGAAAAUGCUCGAUACCCUCGUCCGCCAGGUCACUGGUGGGGGGGAAGGUGAAGGUCUCACCCCUGAUGCCGAAGAGUUCAUUCUGCAAAUGGCCGACGACUUCGUCGACGACGUGAUCACCGCUGCAUGCCGCCUCGCCAAGCUGCGCCCUUCUUCGACCCUCGAGAUCCGCGACCUCCAGCUCGUCCUGGAACGCAACUACAACAUGCGCAUCUCGGGCUUCUCCACCGACGAUCUGCGCACCGUCAAGAAACCCCAGCCUACCCAGGGCUGGACGCAGAAAAUGUCGGCCGUCCAGGCUGCAAAGGUUACCCAGGGCAAGGCCGAGUAA